GUAAGCGCGCCGGCUUGAUUUAAUAUUUUUAUACAAAAUUUAAUAUAGGUAUGAUCUGCAAAAAGUCAGUGACGAUUUUAUAUUUCUAAAAAAUUAAUUAUUCCUUCGAAAUGAAAUGCGAUUACAACAUUGUGGACUGUUCUAAUGCCGGAUGUGAUUUGUGAUUGUGUGAAGCUGCCAUGUUGAAUAUUGGUUAACCCGUGCUUCUCUAUAAUUAUUAUAAAGAACUUGGUAAAAGUAUUUACUAGUAUACAUCAUGAGAAAAUCAGUAAAUAUUGUUCGAAAGGCCUAUCCACCACAACAGAGUUCUGACAUAAAUCGUAGAGUGAUAACAAAAACCAUGCCAGCUCAAAAUACUAGUUCCACAGUCCCUCGCAUUCUAAAGCAGAAACCAGCAUGUGAAAAAUGCUUUGUCUGUGAUGGAGAUAUUGAAACUGUCGGAUUUCCAUUAAUUGUGACAUCUACACUUUCAAGUAAAACAUCAUUACCUAACAAAAUUGGCAAACUUAUGGGAGAUGGCUUUAUGGUCAUUGUGUCCAUGGAUGAUGUAAUAUGUAAGAGGUGUUCAUCUUUGUUCAAUCAUAUGGACAGGCUUGAGACUGACUUGGAACGAGUUCAAAACACUCUCUCUGGGUACCUUAAAGUUAAAUAUAAGAUCAGUGAUGAUGAUAUUGAAAAACCACCAGCAAAGAUGUUAAAAAUGGAGCAGAACGAAGAUUUAAAUAACAUUUUAGAAGCAAGUAAUAAUGCCUCUGUAGAGGUUGAAAACCAAUUAUCCAAUAUGUUUGGUUCGCCUGUUAAAGUUUCUCAGAAAGAUGAUAGGACGAGAACAGUUAGACUUUACAAAUGUGCUUCAUGUAAUUUCAAAACGACUGAUCUACAACAAUUCCAACCUCAUUACGAAAAAUGUUCCAAGAAGAAUGUAAAAUCGAAAGAAAGUGAACAUGUUAGUCUUAAAACUUUAGAAGCACAAGGUGCUGCUCCAAAGGUUGAUAUCAAAAAAUUUUCUUGCAAUAUUUGUAACUUCAAAAUCAAUGACAAACAAGCAUAUGAAGAACAUAUGAAGAAACAUGUUAAUCUAAGGCCUUUCAAAUGCAGAGUGUGUUCUCAAAGAUUUGAAACAGGGAACAAGCUACGACACAUGCUAGGACACAUCAACCUGAUUAUUUCAAAUGUGGUAUUUGCAAUCUGCCUUUCCCAAAAAGAGAGGCAUUGGUUAAACAUCUGGAAACUCAUGAAACGGCUAAAACUAAUAUUAUAA